CGUGUAACGGUUUAAAUCCCCGGCGGGUCGGGGACAGAAAGCCGGGGGGGAUGUCACGGGAGAAGCCGCGGGCUCUCCGGUUAGCCGCUGUUGAAACGAGCUGGCUGUGAAUUGAAUGGCAGCGGCAGUCGGCUUGUUUUUGCAGUGAAGAAAUGUGAAGCUCCUGCGCCUUUGUGGAGCAGCCACAUAUUAAAUAAAUAAAUCCGCAACAGUUUUUGUUCCGUCGAAUGUCACACAUCCUCGUUUUGUUUGAUAGAAACUUAGUUGACCCUCGAAACGGGAGCUAAUGUUGACGCUAGUCGAGCCUGCGCUGCUGGGAUCAGACGGUUUAAAUCGCCAUAUGAUCCACAACUAGCUAGUUGAGUCGCUAGUUAGCCAACUAGCUAAAUUUAGCUCCGGACCGGAGAGUGAAACCGCGCUCGCUGCCCCGCUCCCUCCGCGCCAAACAACGUUGUUUGGACUUUGUUCGCGUCGGGACUCGGUUGUGUUUGGCCGGUGCUCUCCCCAGCAGCUAGCCGCUAGCAGGCGGUUUUUUUUUUGGGGGGGUGGGGGGUGGAGGUAAAGUUAGCCGAGCUAGCAGAACUGACAUGGCGACGUGACUCAGUGGAGCUGGGAGCGGAGCGGGAAGCAGCGCUCCUCUCCCGGCCGCGCUGUUCGUCCCCGCUCGGUGCCCCCUCACCGGCCCGCAGAUAUUUAACCUACACCCCGCUGAAACCGGGGACUCCACGUUCAGUCGAAGUAAACGUCGCUAGCUAAGUUAGUGUGAGCUGUUUGUGCCACAUAUUUGAUGCGAUCCGGGCAGGGAGGAGGGAGGGAGGGAGGGGGCUGCACCGAGCCCGAAAAGAAUUCCUGAGCUAACACAAUGAUCCCAAAUCUUUCGAGCUGGACUCCCUCAAAUAGCCGGAAAGAUGAAGGCAGCAGACGAGCCUGCCUACCUGACAGUGGGGACGGACGUCAGUGCCAAGUACAGAGGAGCCUUCUGUGAGGCCAAGAUCAAGACUGUGAAACGCAUGGUGAAGGUCAAGGUGACUCUGAAAGGUGAAAGUACGUCCCAGGUGGUGCAGGACGACCAGGUCAAAGGACCACUGAGGGUGGGCUCCACCGUGGAGGUGAAGACUAACGAGGGUUUGUCCAGCGAGGCCGUCAUCGGUAAGCUGACGGACGCCAGCCUCUACACCGUGGUGUUUGAUGAUGGCGAUGAGAAGACUCUCCGUCGUACGUCCCUGUGUCUGAAGGGAGAGAGACACUUUGCAGAGAGCGAGACGUUGGACCAGCUGCCGUUGACGAACCCAGAACACUUUGGCACUCCGGUCAUCGGCAAGAAGUCGAACCGUGGCGGGCGGCGUUCGUCUCAGGCUGUGGCUGACGAGGAGAACGAGUCUUCGUCCAGUGAGGAUGAGGAGGAGGACAGGAGGAGGCUGAACGAUGAGCUGCUGGGAAAAGUCUGCAGCAUUGAGAACGAGGAGGAACCCAGCAGCUGGUACCUGGCUCUGGUGGUGUCUCCCAGCUGUAACGACGAGCUGGUGGUGAAGAAGGAUCAGUGUCUGGUCAGAGCCUUCAGCGACUCCAAGUUCUACACGGUGGCGAGGAGACACGUCCACCCCGUCAACUCCAUCAGCAUCACCAAGUCUGAGUUCUCCAACAGGAGAGGUUUUGAAGCAGCCCAGAUGUUCGUGAGGAGCAGGGAGGUACCUGAUAUGUGGAAGAUGGACAUGAGUCAGAUCCUGGACUCAUCCUCCAGUGAUGAUGACGAGGACGACGACGAGGAGAAGGAGAGCGACGAGGAUGAGGAGGACGAAGACGAGAAGAAAAAGAAACACAUAAAGGAGGAGCCGGAGGAGGAGCUGGAUCCAGAGGAGAGAGACCACUUCCUGCAGCAGCUCUACAAGUUCAUGGAGGACCGAGGGACCCCCAUCAACAAGCCUCCGGUGUUGGGUUAUAAGGACCUGAACCUCUUCAAGCUCUUCAGACUGGUCUAUCACCUGGGAGGCUGCCACAAGAUCGAGUCUGGGACCGUGUGGAAGCAGGUCUACAUGGAUCUGGGGAUCCCCGUCCUAAACUCUGCUGCGUCUUACAACGUCAAGACGGCCUACAGGAAGUACCUGUACGGUUUUGAGGAGUACUGCCGCUCCGCCUCCAUCACCUUCAGGACCAUCCAUCACAACAACCCCCGCCCUCCCACCGCUCCGGCCAAUCAGAAGCAGACGGGGGAGGAGCUUAAAGAGUCCUCCACACCACCCGUGACGGCGGAGCCCGUCGAUGACAAGCCGGAGGAGGCGGAGUCAGAGAGUGAGAGCGAGAAGGAGGAGUUGAAGGAGAGACAGGAGUCGUCCCCGAGGGGGAGGAGGAGGUGUGUGGGGAGUCAGGUGAAGGCAGAGCGAGAGUCUCCCUCCAGACCAGAGAAAAGAGGAGGAGGAGGAGGAGGAGGAGAUAACCUUGAGGAGCAGAGGGAGAUGAGGAGACGAAGCAACAGAAGAAUGGACGACUCAGAGAGAGGCUCUGAGGAUGAGGAGGAGGAGGAUGAGGGCGAUGAAGAUGAGGAGGAGGUGGAAAGGAGGAGAGGAGACAGGAGUGAGGAUGAGGAGGACGAGGACUCUCUGACAGGGACGAAGGUCAGGGUGAAGUACGGCAAAGGAAAGACUCAGAAGAUCUACGAGGCUCACAUCAAGAAGACGGACGUGGACAACGGAGAGCAGUUCUACCUGGUUCACUACUACGGCUGGAACGUCAGGUACGAUGAGUGGGUGAAGGCCGACCGGAUCAUCUGGCCCGUGGAGAAAGGAACAAAGAAGAGACAGAGGAAGAAGGUGAAGAACAAAGAGAGGGAGGAGCCAGACAAGGAGCGAGACGGAGACGAAGAGAAGAUGCCGUCGAUGGCGGCGAAGCCCACGGGAGCGAAGCGCGGUCGUCCUCAGAUCAGGACCACGCCCACCAGCUCGGCGGGACGCAGCGUCUCUAAAACACCCAGCAGUGAGGGGCGGUCCAACGGCAAGAGCAGCAGGGCGGAGACAGCAUCCAACAUGGCCAACGGAGACAACACUCCUCGCAGGAGAACCAGGAGAACGUCGGGCAUGUACGACUCCGACAGAGCGUCCAACGAGGAGUCUGGGAACUCAUCAGAGGACAGCGAAUCAGAAGACCUGCCAGACAAAAAGCCGUCUCCAUGGCGAGGGAGGACUGAAGCUCCGCCCUGCCAGGAGGAGGAGCGGGAGGAGGAGGAGGUGAAGGAGGAGGAGACGAGUGAGGUUGCUGAUGUCAUAACGGCCACUAACAACGACGACUCUGUCGCCAUGGUAACAGCAGGUCAGCUGCCUGCCGCCACUGCACCUCCGUGUCCCAGCAUGCCUCAGGAGAAAGCUGACAAACUCCUGAGCCAAUCAGAAAAGGAGGAGGCAGAGCAGGGGGAGGAGCUUGCAGUAGAAGCCGCCAUGUUACCUGUUCACCUGGACAAGGAGAACAAAAUGUCUCCGGUGCAGGAGCGAGUCACGAAGAUGGCGUCUGUGUCUCCUGGACAGGAAGUGCUCACCAAGACGUCCCCCAGAAGGACAUCUCCUUCACCCGACAAGGCCAACAAAAUGUCUCCCGCCGCCACAGACAAACACAAAAUGUCUCCUGAGAAGCAGCCACAGGUGUCCUCCCCUCCACCCACCCCUGCAGAGGAGGACAGCAGGUCCACUCCUCGGUCCCCCCCCAGGGUCAGAGGUCGCAGGGCCAACCUCAGGGAGACGGGCUCCGAAACUCCUCCCAGAAUCUCCGUCUGCACUCCCAGCCCCGCCGCCAGCCCGUCCCACACGGCGCCGCUGUCGUCUCCUCCUCGCAGCGUCCUGAAGAGACAGGACGAGCCCAUGGUGGUCCUGCACUGCCUCCCCCCUGAGUCUCCCACCGCCGACUCUGACACGGACUCCGCCACCGAGGAGGAGGAGGAGGACGAGGAGGAGGUGGGCGUACCCGAGGAGAGGAGCAGCUCGACGCUGAAACGUAAAGCAGCAGAGCAGCGAGCAGCAGACAAGAAGCUCCGCCCCGACAGGAGGCAGGAGGAGCCCGUCUCGCCCAAAAAAUCCCCCGCCCCGCCCAAGAUGGCUGCUGAAGCCUCGCUCAAAACCCCCCCCGCCCCUCUCCGCAGGGGGGAGUCAGAGAGGAGGAGCGAGGGAGUGACGAAGGCGGAGGAGUGGCCCCGCUCAGUGGAGGAGACAUCUAAGGAGGUGUCAGAGGAGCGUCUGACGGGUGGCGUCUCGAAGGAGCCAGAGGUGCAUGCUGGGACGCCUCCCCCCACUGCGGAGGCCCUGGGCCCCGCCCCGGCUGAGGAGCUGGAGCCGCAGAUUGGACCCGAGGCGCUGGUCUGCCACGAGGUGGACCUGGACGACCCGGACGAGAAGGAGAAGCCCAGCCCCGGUCCAGAGCACCUCCUCCUGAUGAUGAGGGAGCCUCAACAAGCCCCGCCCCCGCUGCCAAACCUCCUCCACACCUCCCUCCCCUCCCCCCACCUCCCCCAGCCUCAGGUCAGGCCCUUCCUGCCGGCCGCCGCUCCCACCUCCGCCCCCUGCCCCGAGGAGCUCCACCCAGACAGGAGUGCCGCAGAGGAGGAGAGAGGAGCAGCGAGGGGGGAGAACGAGGGAGACUCCAGCCCCGGGUUUGAUGGCAGCGCCUCCUCCUCCUCCACCUCCACCUCCCUGCUGUCGCUGCAGGAGACCAAGGACAGAGGUCAGAAGCGGGUGACGGACUGUAACUUGAGCCCGACGGCCAAGAAACAGAAACGCAACCAGAAACGACCACACACACCUGGGAAGGUGGAGAAGAACGGAGCAGGUCACAGCAGCGACAGUGAGGACCAGUCUCGCCUGUCGUCUCUGUCUCAGAAGUCUCAGAAGUCUCGCUGCACUGGUCUGUCGUCCCCGUCGUCCCACAGUAAAGACAAACACAACUUCUCCCCUCAGAGGACGUACAAGUGGACCUUCCAGCUCGAUGAGUUGGACAGCAUGUCGAGCACAGAGAGGAUCUCCUUCCUGCAGGAGAAGCUGCAGGAGAUCAGGAAGUACUACCUGACGCUGAAGUCAGAGGUGGCGUCCAUCGACAGACGCAGGAAGAGACUAAAAAAGAAGGAGAGAGAAGUGUCCAACACGACGGCGUCCACCUCGUCGGGCUCGUCAGACACGGGUAUGAGUCCGUCCUCGGCCUCGCCCACUCAGAACACCGUUGCUGUGGAGUGCAGGUGAUGACACGCCCACCCAAGCCCCGCCCGCCCCUGCUUCGUCAUCUCCUUCUGCUCGACCCCGCCCCUUCCUGCCACAGACUCCGCCCCCUCAGCUGCUCUGAGGGCAUGAUGGGAAAAAAACACAAAAAAAAAAACCCUCCCUCCAGGUCUGAGCUCCGAGAGACGCAGUGGCUGAUGGGAGGGGGGGGCACUACCACCUGACCUUAGCCCCGCCCCCUCACCUAUGAACUGACUUCCUGUUUGAGGAGACAAACGAGACCGAGAAAUCAGCCGUCUGUUCAGCCGCCACAGAGCGCUUCUUUGUUUCCUUCCUUCCUCCGGUGCAAGUUCAAAAUAAUGUGACCGGUUAUUCUGGGGGGGCGGGGUCAGAGGUCACCGGUUUAGUGAAUUUCCUUUAAGGUGGGACAGAAACAGGAAGCAGAUUCCUCAAGCAGCACAGCUCAUUAUGCAAGUUCUUUUCUUUUUUGUUUUGUUAACUCGGAUUUUUUAAGAAAACAGAAAAGAUUUAAAAAGCAGUUUCCUGACUUCCUGCUGUGAGCGAUUUCUGCCUUUUUAUAUCAAAUCAGAGCUUUUAUUUUGGUAAAAACAGACAAAAAAAUAACAAAAAGUUUGUGGCGUCACAGCGGGAGACGAGAUGAAAUAUUUGUAGAGCUGAACUUCUUUGUUUUUGUGUAAAAUAAUUAAAAUGAAGCUUAUUUAUUCAGUUAGUGAACGCAGAAGGUGUGUGUGUGUGUGUGUGUGUGUGUGUGUGUGUGUGUGUUGUAUGGAAGAUCAUUAGUGCCAGGAAAAAAAUCUGAAAAGUAAAGUGAUGAAAAUAAAAACUUAAAAUUGAGAUACUAAAUCCAAAAUACAGUAAACGGUGAUUUUAAAAAGUCUGGACUUUAAAUUUAAAUUUAGCACGUUGGAACAUUUUACUUCCACACUUCGACGUUAACUUCAGAUCUCAUUUUUAUUAAAGUGUAGGAAACCUAAAUUAUAAUUUCUACAGUAAAUCUAUAUUUUCAUUUAAUAAAUUGAAGUUGUGAUUUAAUUUCAUAAUAUUUAGUUUGUUCGACUUGGACUCAUAACUGACUUAAAGUUAGAAUUAUGAAUCAGAAUCUCAUUAAAAAUAAAAAUGUCUACUUGAUGUCUUGAUUCAGAUUCAUUUCGAUCUCGUGAUCUCUGAAAGUUCUGUUAUGGUUAUAAUUAUAUAUAAGUUAUAGUUUGUAACGUGAAACAGAGUCGAGAUUAGAACUUAAAGACAGAAUGGUGAGUCGACGUUUUUAUCUUGUUUGACCUAAAAAGUAAAAUGUAUAUAAGUUUGACUAAAAGCGAAUUUCUGAUUCUAAGUUUUAUGUUUGGCUUCAAAUCUCAAUUUUGACUCAGUUUGAUUUGGUUCUGUUUUAAAGUCAAUAUUUCGAUUUGUUUGUAUUUUGGACUUCGUAUGUUAACUGUUCGUUCGUUUUCUUCUUCUCUGGCUGAUUUGAUCUUCCAUUUGUUCAGUACUGACCUCGCUCCUGGAGGACCUCUGCUGCACUAACUUCCUCUUCCUCCCUGAUUCUUCUUCUGUGGUUUCCUCUCUGUGCGGCUGCGACGGACGGCUGUUUUCAGCUCCUGAACGUUUCUUUGUUUUGUACAUAAAAGUUCUGAGUAAAGAGAAGAAUAAAACCACACCAUGUAUUUGAGAACUACAUUUUACACGCCUGUAAAGAAUGAUUUAUAAUAUUUUUUAAGAGAAGACUGUUUGUACUGUUGUAUUAUGAACUCAGUUGUUGUUUUUUGGGUUUUUUUCCUUUCGUUUUUCUAUGUGGUGUUUUGCUAGCGGCGGUUAGAGAGCGACGACUGUAAAUACAGAAACACACACUUCCUCCUGAGAACAGAAGCCAUGUUGGAACUGUGUGGCCAAUAAACAGCUCUCUGUUUCUAAUAAAGUUUUUAAAUAUG